CACGGGAGCGGACCGUCAGUCUGUUAUUAAGGAAGCUAAUGAGACAGCAGUUCUAAAGGAGGAAAAGCAGACCAAAAAAAGAUGGAUUGGAUGAAAUUACGUUCAUAUUCCGGGAACAGGCAUAUGCAAAAGAAAACACAUUGUGCUUCUCCGUUGCCUUCUAAAACAGCAUCUGUUGCAAAGGUCAGAAUGAAGAGCAAAGCCAAAGCAUCUCAGGAGCACCCAGAUCUGCUUUCUAAGUUUAGCUGUGAUACUCAAGUGAAAAGUACUGUUGGUAAAAAAAAAGAGAAAAUAAAAAGCACCGUUACAGAAGCAUUACCAAAAAUUCAAGAAUAUUCUGAAGUGACCCAGAUGGUUUGUCCUUCAUCUGAAGAAAGGAUUGAAUUAAAUUGCAAUGAAUAUAGAAGUACCAAGGUGACCAAUGAAUAUAGAAGUACUGAGGUGACCAACAAUAUCAAUGACAUGGAAACAACUCCUUUAAAGGAUUCCUUGCAUUUAGCCUCUGCAAGUGCACAAAGCCUGAGAUACAGUGAAGCUACUUCAGAAAUGACAUUACCAACGGGAGUUUCAGACUUUUUGCUGGAUUGUUUGGAUAUGGAGACUACUCUGGACUGUAGUUAUACCAUUGAUUCUACAAGUAGUUAUUCAUCACCGGAAAUAUUCAGGGAUGAAACUGAGUUAGAAGACACUGCUAGUCCCGAAACACAACUUGCAUGCAAAAAUUCAACUCUCUUGGAUACCAGCAAAGCCAUCAACCUAGACAAGAUGUCGCAACUGCCAAACUUUUCUAAAAUACUCGGUACCCCUUCAGGAAUCCAAGGCCAAAACAUUGCCAGCAGAAAACAAUCCAGGGAAAAACUUCCUUCUGAACCCACAAAUACUUCAGCUGCGAUAGCAGGGAAACAAGUAUGUAAAAUUUUGUCUGCAAAUGAAAAAAGACUUAAAUCACAGCCUUCUGGGGUUUCAUUAUUACUUCCAGAACGAAAAAAGAAGACUGAGGAUCAAAUACCCGUCAAAAGGAAAUGUAGAAAAAAAAUAACAUUUGAAAAUGAAUGUUCUAUAUCCUCUCCUCAUGGACCACCUUCCUCUGGAAAAAACAGCUCCAAGGAAAUGUGUGGGUUUGCAGCAUCCAAACCUCCAAAUGCUGACAUGUUAGACUUAUUGUCCGCGCAUGAAGCGUCCGUCCAGGACAACUGUUUGGCAUACAAAGAGUGUCCAAAUGUGAAUUCAGAAGCAAUUGUUCCUCUUUUUCCCCAGAAUUUACAUAGCCCACCAGAAAUCUGCUGUAUUAUUCAAGCUUCACCAGGAUUUAGACCGCUGAAAGUAGUCCAGCAUUCAACAAAGGAAAAAAAAGGGUUUCUCCCACCAGAGGCAACUGAAGAUAUUGUUACAAGUUCAAAAAAAAACCAAAAAACUCACCAAAGCAGGAAGAAACGAAGCAGAGUACCUGCUGGAUCCUCUGCAGUAUCUACCAUAAACAGCACAUAUAAUGAGUAAAUUCAUUGGCAUUAAAUUCUAUUGCAAUAAAUUAUAUUAAAACUAUCUUCAUUAUCUUAUAUAUUCGUAUAAUUAUAUCUAAUUUCCAGUAUUUAUCUACAACAUGCUUGUUACAUGCUUCUGAAUUGCAUAUUUAUUGAAGAAUAUGUAAAAUGGUUACCUAGGAAGGAGAUUGUUGGAUUUGCAUAUGGUCACUUAUUAUUUCUCUGUUGAAAAUUACUUUAGUUUACUUCUUACUGUUUUCUUAAGAACAGUAUGAAACAUUUACUUGGUUGAAUCAUUAAAAAAAAGAAAAAAUGGGAAAUUGAGAAAAUGGAAGGCAGCACAUAAUUAAAGAAAAUAUCUGGCUUUUGUACAUUUGAAACCUGGUGGUAGUUUUAAAGGAAAUAAUGGGGGGGAAAUAUUUCAGGAUGCAUGUAUUUUGAUAGGUAAAAUAUUGUUCAAUGAUUAUAAAAUGGCAUAAGUUUUGUGUUUAUGUUCUGAAUUAUGUUUUUGAAACUAUUUUAUAUAUCCUUAAUAUAUCUCAGAGAUAUUAGUCUAAAUUCAGCUAAAUUGAAAUCUUUGAAUUUAAGCCAAUUCAAACUAAUUGCUUCUAUUUUUCAUUUCAACUAGACUGAAUGUAAAUUAAAAUGUGAAGCUCUAAUACUUUUGUCCUCUGAAUAUGUAAAAAAAUAAAUUAUUUUUGUUAGCACAAUUCUUUUUAACAGAGUGAUUUCUUUUCCUCAACGGAUUUUAAGACAAAAUGUUAAUAUUUAUUGCUAGUUUUAAAGAGAUUUUUCUGCAUAUUAUUUUUGAUAAAGCAGUUUCUGUGAUACUAUUCUCUAAACAUGUUUAUCAUGGUUUACUCAGCCCAGUUUUCUGGUCAAACACAACACACUGAAUUAUAAAAUUAAACAAAUCAAGUUGAGUUUGCACAAUAUAAUAAGCUAAAAUGUAUUUUGCCUCGUGGUGACUCAGUAUGCUGGGCAAAUCUAGUCUGUAGUCUGUUUUACUCAACCUUCUCCCUCUGCCUUAAAGGCUGGCUUAAAAUUUUGUUGAUGACACAAUGUUUGGUGUACCUUUUGGUUUGUAAGUAUCUAACAUACUUAUAAAACUGAAGUGUGGUGGCUAGAAGAGGAGAUCAGAAGCAGCUGCUGCUUUUUGUAAACUAACCAAAGCUCCUUUAUUAUGCCCGAGGUGGUUUUGUGCAACCUUUUUCGGAGAACAAUUUUACUGAUGCUAUUCCAUGAAAAUAUAAUCAAGACAAAACAAAUCUUUGCUGGCUCUCCUUGCCUUUGUUGUUUGGUUGUACCAGUGGAAUAUUCACUUCUGAUUUCCCUUGAUGUUAUUUUCCAAAACAUCUAAUGUGGUCAAGG